AUGCGGCUUGCAUCAGACAGCAUGGCAGCUGAAGACGAAGGAAAAGAAGUGAAACAUCUUCAACCACACUUAUCAAAACAGGAUUUGAACACUUUAAAUAUCGAGAAGCUCACUCCACUUACACUUGAUGUGAUCAGUCGUCAAGCAACAAUUAACAUAGGCACUAUUGGUCAUGUAGCCCAUGGAAAAUCCACAGUAGUAAAAGCUAUAUCUGGUGUACAGACUGUUCGAUUCAAAAAUGAAUUGGAAAGAAAUAUCACAAUCAAAUUGGGAUAUGCCAAUGCAAAGAUUUAUAAAUGUGACAACAAUGCUUGUCCUCGCCCUGGCUGCUACAGGUCAUGUGGCAGCUCAAAGGAAGAUGUUUUCCCUUGUGACAGAUCAGGAUGUCCUGGAAAAUUUAAAGUCUUGAGACAUGUAUCAUUUGUGGACUGCCCUGGUCACGACAUUCUUAUGGCUACCAUGUUGAAUGGAGCAGCUGUCAUGGAUGCAGCUCUUCUAUUAAUUGCUGGAAAUGAAUCAUGUCCCCAACCCCAGACCUCAGAACAUUUGGCAGCAGUAGAAAUCAUGAAGCUGAAACAUAUUCUUAUUUUACAAAACAAGAUAGAUCUAGUGAAAGAAAGCCAGGCUAAGGAACAGUAUGAACAGAUUCUUUCAUUUGUCAAAGGAACUAUAGCAGAAGGUGCUCCAAUCAUCCCUAUAUCAGCCCAGCUGAAGUACAACAUAGAUGUCAUAUGUGAAUAUAUUGUUAAAAAGAUUCCUGUGCCUCUCAGGGACUUCACAUCAGAACCCAGGCUUAUAGUUAUCAGAUCUUUUGACGUCAACAAACCAGGAAGUGAAGUUGAUGACCUAAAAGGGGGUGUGGCAGGUGGAAGUAUUUUAAAGGGAGUCCUUAAGGUUGGCCAAGAGAUUGAAGUCCGACCUGGAACUGUGUUAAAAGACCAGGAUGGAAAACUUACAUGUACACCUAUAUUCUCAAGAAUAUUGUCAUGUUUUGCUGAACAGAAUGACCUUCAGUAUGCUGUACCUGGUGGAUUGAUUGGUGUGGGUACGAAGAUUGAUCCCAUGUUGUGCCGAGCUGAUCGUAUGGUUGGAUGUGUAUUAGGAGCAGUUGGUGCUCUGCCAGACAUCUACACAGAACUCACCAUCUCUUUCUUUUUGUUGAGGCGACUGUUGGGAGUGAAAAUGGAGGGGGAUAAGAAGGGGGCAAAGGUGCAAAAGUUGUCUAAGAAUGAGAUCUUGAUGGUAAACAUUGGUUCCUUGUCGACGGGAGGCAGAGUGCUGGCAGUGAAAGCUGAUUUGGCUAAGAUAGGGUUAACAAACCCAGUCUGUACAGAAAUAGGAGAGAAAAUUGCUCUCAGUAGAAGAGUGGAGAAGCAUUGGAGGUUGAUUGGUUGGGGUCAAAUUCGACAGGGAGUCAAGGUCACGCCACAGAAGUCGUAGAUUUUAUAACUACGUGAUAUAAGAACACGAUAUGUCAUAGAACUGACGAUGUGAAAUGGCUGUGUGAUCCACCAGGAUGAUACUUGUACAAGAACACUGCUGUAAGAUCCCAGGGAAUGAUGACCAGCAUUUUUCACUCCUUUACACAUCAUUGAUAAGGGAUUCCAGUAGUUGUAUGACAUUGUGACUGUUGAACAGAAGAGAACAAGAUAUGAAGAAGACAUCUGCAUUUUGUGACUGGUUCAAAGUGACCUUUUGUCGAGGUUAAUGACAAACUGUUGGACGCAAACUCAAAUUGAAAUUACCUUUCUGAACACUGAAAAAUGGUGAAAUCAUGUGACUAAUUUAUAUAAGUAGAUUUUCCUUUUGAACCAGAGGCAGUUGCAAUAUUAAAUCAAAAUUUUCGCAAAGAGACAAAGAAAUUUGAACUCUGAUAAUUUUAAUGAUGCUGAAAAAUAUUUUGUCCUUAUUCUGAUAAGACAUUUAGAACCGUUUUAUGGCAUUAAUGAAAUUAUUGUUUUGUGAUGACUUAGGACAUACAUAUUUUGUGGCAAUUCAUUUUUUCUUAACUGCAGUUAGAGUAUUAAUGUUUUUUCAACAAGAGUACUGCUUAAAUGUGUAUCUUUACAUUACUCAUUCAAACUGUUUCAGAAAACUUGAUUUUUUUGUAAAUAAUACAAGAAAGUAACUAACUAAAAAACAUCAAAGUCACAUAUGAAAAGAAAAAAAGACCGAAUAAAUAAUUUAUUACCCAUCA